AUGGCUGUGAACAGAGGGGGCGUGGCCUUCUGGAUUGCCUGUGUCCGCAGCCAAGGCAGAAGUCAGCCUGUCAAGAGCCAACAUCCAAAUAUCCACAAACAUGGGGCCCUCAGCAGGCCGAUGCUGCGGCCCCUGAGCAGUGCAUCAUGGGCCCUGUCUCCGCCCAACAGCCUCCGCUACCAGAGCAACAAGCGCCUGGCCCUGCCCCACCACACCCCCCCGGCCCCGGAGCAAGCCAGCGGCCAUGAGCAGCAGUGGGUGGAAUCUCUUAGCGUGUGUCUGGUGGUGCGGCGCAGUGGGCAGAUGCUGGAUAUCCCCUCCUCUCUGUCCUUCCCUCUGACUCUGGUGGAUGGCAGUGGAGUGGAUGACAUCAGUGUGGGGACCAGGAGCUGCCACAGGACCUCCCACACUGGGACUGUAAUACAGGAGCACAGCAGCUUCAGGAGUCUGUUUGAAGCAGAGAAAUGUCCCGCUCCAUUUGUUCAUGGAUCUCACUUUUACUGCUUUCACUGCCCCCCUGUCGAGGCGUUGUGUAAGACGCAGCAUGUGUCUGGACUGAAGCCUUUGCCUCUGCGGCACUCCACCCUGUGCAGCCCCUUGGAGCAGCUGCAGGCGCCUCCUACAGGAGACAGUGAGGAGGAGCAGAAGCUGGCCCUCAUCUAUGAGCGCCUCAGGACAGAGCUCCCAAAUUUCUUUCGGAAGAACCACGACUACAGCAUGUAUUCCCUGGACGUGGAGUUUGUCAAUGGUAUUUUGAAUACCAAAACCAGAGGCCGGGUGCUGUACCAGCUGAGCCUGACCAUGUGGAGGUUGCUGUGUCAGUGUUACUAUGCCGACACACGCCUGGAGGUGCUGAAGCUCACCAAACACCCAGAGGACGGCUCGGUGAAGGCCCGCUGGAGGCUGCUUGGUCUGCCCAUCCACAGUCUGCUGCUGCGCUUUUACCUCAAGGACAAGACCCAGCUCUUCAGGUCCUUGGACGCCUUCUCCACGUUUUACAUCGGCCCUGACGGACUCAUUCACUGUCACAAAGUAGAAAAGGUGAUGCCCGCCCAUGGCCCCGUCCUGCCCCGGGUCACCUCCCUGUUGGCAGGAGCUCUGGUGGCUCUGGGUCUGCAGGAGCACCGGCCUGCACUCAACCUGCUGCCCCCUCUGCUGUCCUCCCCACGGCCACGGAACUGA